AUGGCCAAGGUUAAUCUACAUGAUACAAAGAAAUCAGAGAAGGCCAAGUUCACCGAGUUGCAGGAGAGCGUCCAGGCACUCAAAAAAGCGGAAGUGUUCAUCAAAGCUACAGGACGUGCAAUAAAGAAAGCUAUGGAUAUUGGGAAAUGGUUUGACGAGAAAGACGAGUAUAGCAUCAACGUCAAAACGGGGACUAUAUUGGUCGUGGAUGAUAUUGUCGAGGAUGAAGAUUUGAAGAACCGAGAGUUGAGGAAACAAGCAAAAGUGAAACAAUCUGAAGACCAAGCGCAGGACUGCGUAAUGAUGGAUGUUGAUGCCCUAGCAGCGAAGACCGAUGUUGCAACUGCACCGGGGGGACCGAAACAAGAGGCCAAAGAGAGAAAUAGCAGGAAGCAGAAGCGUGAUGAAACCGAUGAGCUACCGGAGUCUCGAACACGUUGGUGCACAAUAAUGAGCCCUAUCGGUCUCGGCACCUGCCAAGACCCAUCCCCAAUCCGGCCUAGUUCCAUCGUGUGUCCGCCUAGUUAUGGAUUCGGCCCGACGACUAACCAGUUAGCUAAUACAAGCCUCAACAAAGGAGGCCCCAAACUACUCCGUAUUAACAUAUCUCCGACAUUGCUUUUCUCCGCACAUCAACACACUCCGCACCACACGGUUCCUCUUGCAAGCGCUCAAGGUGCAAGUAGAGCAAUGGCCUACGUCUAUCCGGAUGGCUCAAGCUACCGCUAUGAACAUCAUCUCGGCUGCGGAUCCGAGGCCUUCGUGUACCAGCGCGGCACGCUCGCGCUCAAGGUGCCCAAGAUCCUGAACCUCACACUCCUCGACGACGAGAAGGAACGUAGACGCGCUGAAUACUACAACGAAGACAAUCGUGAGGCACUUGAGCGAGAUAAAGAGGUGUACAAGCGGAUGUUCUGGCCCGCUCGCGUUUGCAAGAUAUUUCUUCCUCGAUUUCACGGCUUUCCUGCAUUUGCUUACAUACGGGUGCCAAGGUGUUGGAGGCAUCGGAUACAUGAAGGGCAGAUCUAUGAAGGCCUGUAG